AUGAAGUCUGUCAUUGCUUUCACCUCCGCCUUCCUGGCUACCCUCAACUUGGCUACCGCUGCUCCUGCACCGGCCGUAGCCCAGACUGUCUCUGUCUCAUUCGACCCCAAAUUCGACGUGGGCACCUCUUCUUUGAACACCGUCACCUGCUCCGACGGACCCAACGGCUUGGUCACAGCAGGCUUCACCGAUUUCGCCUCGCUGCCCUCUUUCCCACGCAUCGGCGGUGCCCCCACCGUUGAGGCCUGGAACAGUGUGAACUGCGGUGCAUGCUACGAGAUUCACUACGCGAACGACAAAUUCGAGGAGACUAUCACCGUGCUUGCCGUUGAUUCUGCCCCCGGUGGCUUCAACAUUGGGAAGCAGGCCAUGAACCUGUUAACCCGCAACCAGGCUGACCAGCUCGGCCGAAUCGAUGCCACUUACAUUAAGGUGGCGGACAGUGUGUGCGGCCUGUAA